AUGGCUCCAGCACGUCCUAAACGACCAAGCUAUGCAGGUCAAACCCGCGGCGGUAAAAAGCAGAAGACGAAAGGGACCCGCAACAAUCGGUGCCCUGACUUCACGGCCAAUGUAAGCGAGAGCUUCUGCAUCUCGGUCAACUCGGCUUUGCAGUCGCUGGUCCAGGGCGGCGAGCGAGCGGAACUGAGCUUCCCAGCCAGCUACGACAGCUCGCAGCGUUGCUAUAUCCAUGCGAUGGCCAGGAAGUACGGUCUCUUUUCCAAGAGUGCAGGCAGGAAAGACAAAGGCCGGUUCGUUCACGUGGCUGCAGUUAAGAAGAACGCAGCUAUGGAGAAAGUGUCGUUGCGGUUACAGUCGAUGCCGCUGAAUCCAGAGACGGUCACGUGGUUUCCACCUCGGAUACAGCAGUAUAUGGAAAACUACCCUGCUCCUUCUAUAGAGGAGGAGGGAGGUGCGGAUCCAUGGGGGGCCAAGAAAUUCACCUUUAUGGCGUCACCACCGAAAGCACAGCGUGGUCGAGAGGCCAUGUUUACGCCUCUGCCGCGUCGAGGCAGUCAAGAAGGACCAAAGAUCGUGCGGACUCCAUCUGUUGAAGCCACGAGACUGCCAGUAUACGGAUAUCGUGAGCAGAUACUGAAGCUGGUUGAGGAGAACCAGGUUGUGGUGCUAUCAGCGGAUACUGGAUGUGGCAAAUCGACGCAGAUUCCGCAGUUUUUGCUGGAUGAUGCCUUAGCACGCGGACGGAGCAACGAAACGAGGAUUAUUUGCACCCAACCACGACGAGUUAGCGCAAUGUCUCUUGCGUACCGAGUGGCGCAUGAACGCCCUGGACAGAGCCCUAAGGAAGUGGGGCACGCCAUUCGAUUCAAUUCGUCAUUUGAUGCGAAGAAGUCCAAGCUCAUUUUUUGCACGACAGGCACGCUGCUAAACUGGCUCUACAGUGAUCCAUGUUCGCGUGGCUUUUCGCACAUCAUUUUGGAUGAAGUGCACGAGCGAGACCAGUUUACCGAUUUCUUGCUCAUUCUUAUCAAGACGUCGAUUCUGAAGCAGAGACCGGACCUGAAGGUCAUUCUCAUGAGCGCUACUAUCCAAGUGGAAAAGUUUGCGCAGUAUUUUCAUCCAGAAUUCCAGCCACCUGUACUCCAGAUGGUGGGGGGUACGAACUUCCCGGUAUCUACGCUUUUCCUCGAAGAUGUUCUAGCGCUGCUGGAGAUCCACCGUACUUCGUCAUUGUCGGUUGUGAACAGUUUGCAAUAUGGUCCUGUUGGGGACGGAUCUGAGUGUCGAUCAGGAGGAAUGGCUGCGAAUAACGAGCUCGUGUGCUCAUUAUGCGGUUCUGCGGGUUUUGAAGAUGAAGUCGCGUUCGGCACGCACGUAGCAACUUGCUUUGGCGAGCCCGGUGUUGAUUUUGAAGCACCACUUAUUCCGGAACCAAAAAUCGCCCCAGUAGCAGUGCCUGUUUCUGCUAUGGGCGAUGUUCUGCAAGCUGCACUGAGUGGGAUAAGUGACAAGGCCAAACAAGCACUGCUUGUAUCGUAUACGAAGCGGCAAAACACACUGUAUGCAGACCAAGCCGUGGACUACGACUUGUUGCUACAGCUUCUUUUGAUUGUAAACGCUAUGUUCCCGCUCCAUCAAGAUGGAAAAGGAGCUAUUCUGGUAUUUCUUCCUGGUUGGCAAGAAAUCUCGUACAUGGAGCGCGCUCUCCUCAAAUCACCAGCGACGUCGGCAACCUACGAGAUUGCUUUUCUUCACUCAGGCUUGUCACCACAGGAGCAGCAUCGCGCGUUUGUGAUGCCACCGCCUGGAAAACGGAAACUGGUGUUGGCUACCAACAUCGCCGAAACCAGUCUUACUAUCGAAGAUGUGGUGUUUGUUGUAGACUGUGGUAAAUCCAAGCAGACGCAUGCGCUCGCUACGUCAUCGACGUCAUCUUUCGUGAUGGGCUUGCAAACUACUUGGAUCGCACGGGCGAAUUGUGUGCAGCGCACGGGUCGAGCUGGUCGUGUUCGCGCUGGUGUUUGCUUUCGCCUUUUCUCGAAGGCACGGUACGAAACAGCCAUGAAAGAGUUCGCGCCUCCACAGUUGCUUACGACUCCGCUAGAGGAGCUGUUGCUGCAAAUCGAGCUUCUUCGAAUGCAUGUACAGCUGACAACUAGCAGCUCCAAGGCAUUCCUUCUUGAGGCAAUGGACGCACCUAGCGAGGCCUCCAUCGAUGCUUCUCUGCAGCGACUGCAAGGGAUGAACGCACUUAAGAAGACCAAAAAACGGAACCAGGGCCUGACGCUGCUGGGCUGGUAUUUGGCGCACCUUUGCUCAGGUGGUGUAUCCGUGCAGAUGGCGAAGCUUCUCCUUUGGGGGCAUAUGUUUGGCUGUUUCGACGCUAUCUUGAUGACUUCGUGCACGCUGAGCGGAUACCGGGAUCCAUUCAUCAGUUUUCUUAGUAUGUCGAAGGAAGACAAACGCCAAGUCGACGCUGCGAAGAAAGCGUUUGCUCGCCAUGGGCUGCCACCAGGGCUUAUCCUACAGAGCGAUCAUUACGGUCUGUAUAAGGCGUUAGAGGCAUAUCUUGAAGUGCAGUCCUCCUCGAUGACAACCGAAGCUUUUUGUAUGAAGUAUAAAAUGGAUCGACAGACUUUGCACCAGCUUAGUGCGAUCUACAAGCAGUUGAAGCACGAUGUGGGCAGUAUGGGGUUGUCGACCACAACCCAGCUGGUGCCAACCCCCUUGCCAACAACCCCAGCGACAAUGGAAAGUGCUGCACAGUACGUGAUGGCACUCAGUGUUGGCAUGUAUCCAAAUGCGUUGUUCGCGCGUUCUGAUGUAGUGAAACCUUCCUGGACUACGAAAGAAAGAGUAAAAGUGAAGAUGGAUGGCACUUCCAUAGUGGCGUCGCCCUUUGCUGGUUUAACGAAAAAGCGUAAGCGUGGGCAUGACGAGACUGCGGGUGUGUGUGAAUGGCUCCUGUAUCAUGAAAUGGUGCAGUCCGGAAGUACUCGUACCGCGAAGUAUGGCACUAAGCUGCCGUCGCAUUUGCUGGAAGCACUUUUUCUGGGAUCGGUGGAAACGCAGGUGAUCGAGGAACAGAAAACUGUCGCGGCGAAAGGGGAACUUGCAGCGCCAAGCACGUGGUUACUUGUCUUGGACGAUUGGUUGACUUUCGAGAUCAACGAUGCCACUGGAGCGCGUUGGCUUGCACUUUUGCGGGAACGCUUGCAUGCCGCGUUCGUUCGUCACUUGGAACGACUGCAUGCAGGUUCCAAAUCAGGUGGGCGCGAAGCGUUGCCGGAGCCUGAUCAAAAGGUACGAGACCAUGACGUUGAGCUCGUCCAGGCUUUAAUUUCGUGGGUCUCCUCUGAUAUGGGUCAUAGAUCAAGGUGGAAGCCCUAG